AUGGUUUAUUAUUUCACCUCGAACGUCGUUGAGCCCUCGGCGUACAUUUAUGUGGGCAAGGACAAAUUCGAAAAUGAGGACCUCAUCAAGCAUGGUUGGGAAGAGGAUUUUCACGCCGAUAAGCUCUCAAGUGCACACAUCUACUUGCGACUGCGCGAGGGUGAGACGUGGGAUAAGAUCCCAGAAGCUCUUGUGACGGACCUGGCACAGUUGACCAAGGCGAACUCGAUCGAGGGAAACAAAAAGGACAAUGUUACCAUCAUCUAUACGCCGUGGUCAAACCUCCACAAGGAUGGAAGCAUGGCUGUUGGACAGGUAGGCUUCAAGGACCAAAAGAAGGUCAAGAGGGUCUUGGUCCCGCAGCGGGAGAACCCCAUCGUGAACAGGCUCAACAAGACCAAAGUCGAGAAGCACCCAGAUCUGAGGCAGGAGAAGGAAGACCACCUGAAAGAACUCAGGAAGGGACAACAAGCUGCACAGCAAGAGAGGAAAAAGGAAGAGGCUAGGAUCGCGAGGGAGAGGAAGGAAAAGAAGUACCAAAAGGACCAUGCCUACGACGACAUCUUUGCCGAGGAGAAUAUGGAAGCAUCGAGCAACCAGAACAGAUCUGAGGACUGGGAGGAUGACUUUAUGUGA